AUGUCCGCACCAACUAUGAGAUCUACGUCAAUAUUGACAGAGCAUUUGGGGUACCCACCCAUUUCACUUGUCGACGAUAUCAUUAAUGCUGUAAAUGAAAUCAUGUACAAAUGCACAGCUGCCAUGGAGAAGUAUCUACUAUCUAAGAGCAGGAUUGGUGAAAACGAUUAUGGGGAAGAAAUUAAAAGUGGUGUUGCCAAGUUAGAAUCGCUACUCGAGAACUCCGUAGAUAAAAAUUUUGACAAACUAGAACUAUACGUCUUAAGAAACGUCCUUCGAAUCCCUGAAGAGUAUUUAGACGCCAAUGUCUUUAGGUUGGAGAAUCAGAAGGACCUAGUUAUCGUAGAUGAUAACGAGUUAAAGAGAAGCGAGGAAGAACUCCGAGAGAAAGUGAAUAAUGUUGAGUUGGCGUUCAAAACGAAUGAAGCGCUAUUGAAAAGUGUUGCCAAAGUGAAAAAACUACUAGUGACCAUAAGAGGUUUCAAGCAAAAAUUAAACGAGUUACUGAAAUGCAAGGAUGAUGAGCAAUUGCGAACAAUUCUAGGGUCGUUACAACCUAUAGAUGAUACGGUAACGUUACUGACUAAUUCUUUGCGUAAAUUAUAUGUCGACAGUGAGAGUACUAGUUCAACGGAAGAAGUUGAGGCAUUAUUACAGAGAUUGAAGUCCAAUGGUAAACUUAAUCCAAAGGAUUAUAGAACGCGAUAUCUCGAUUCAAGGACGAACAGUGUCCUACGAAAACUGGGGCUAUUAGAUGAUAACAAGAGAGAAAACCAUUCUAGUGAAUUGGGUGUGACGAAGCAAGAAAGAGAGAUCACCAAUCUAAAUAUCGAAGAUCCCCAAUUGGAUUUACUUGACGAACUGCUAUAA